AGGGGGCAGUAGAGCAUCUCUAGGGCCAAGCUGGGGGUCGGGGCUCUGUCCUAGCCAAGGCUGAGUGAGGGCCUGUGACUUGCUCAAGGUCACACAGAAGAUACUUUGUUGUGUUGUACAUAAGGGUGAGGACAGCUGGUCGACCUCCUCCCCUCUCUGGAACCCCUUAACCUGGACCUUGGGAAGAGAGCCAAGAUACUGGUGUGAAUGAUGCUUUUCUUAUCCUGGAGCAACUUCCUUUCUGGGAACUGGGUGUCUCCUUCUGGGCAAAGACAAUAAAAAUCAUCCAAGGAGCCCCCCGCCCCACCCCCACAGGAUGGGCAUCACGUGGCUCUCCAGCUAGCAGCUCAGGAAAAUCCCAGCCCUUGCACACUUGGCCUCACACACUCAGUGCUCAUACAUCCCUGCACCCUGCACCAUUAUCGCACACCCUGCCGCACUGUGCACCCUCUUCUCACCCUUAGCUUCCACCCCCAUCUACCUCUCCCUGGGCCACUUUGCCAGGCUCACCCAGUCGAUCCCUCUCCCUCAAACCCACCAUGUCGCUGGGACCCCUGAAAUUCCAGGCAGUGGGCGAGGAUGACGACGAGGAAGAAGAAAGUCUGGAUUCAGUGAAGGCUCUGACAGCCAAGCUGCAGCUGCACACUCGGCGGCCUUCAUACCUGGAGUGGACAGCCCGGGUCCAGAGCCAGGCCUGGCACAGGGCCCAAGCUAGAUCUGGGUCCGGGGCCUCAGGGGCCGUCUGUGGUUUUGACUCGAUGGAUUCUGCCCUUGAGUGGCUCCGAGGGCAGCUGCAGGAGAUGCAAGCUCAAGACCGGCAGCUGGCGGGGCAGCUGCUGCGCCUGCGGACCCAGCUGCACCGGCUGAAGAUGGACCAAGCCUGUCACCUACACCAGGAACUGCUGGACGACGCCGAGCGGGAGCUGGAGCUGGAGCCGGGGGCGGGCUCGGCCCUGGCUCCACCCCUGCGGCACCUGGGCCUCACGCGCAUGAACAUCAGCGCCCGGCGCUUCACUCUUUGCUGAACAGCGUCUCUGGGGCCCCUCCCCAGCCUUCCUGGAAAGGGGAAGGUGGAGGCCAGAAGUUCCCGGCGCUCCUUAAUAAACGCUCUCCCUGCCCCAUAAGGUCUGUGCUGCAGUUUGUCACGCCUGAGGCCUGUUCGUGGUCUGUGACGAGAACCUGGGGUGCCCCCCAGGGGAGGGGGAGGACGGCAGGCUUUGGGCUUGGAGAGGAACCCGGGCAUCCCCAUCUCGUCCACAGCUCCAUCUCUGUCUCUGCAGCACAGAGAUCAGAAGCAGGAAAGAACUUAGGAUC